AUGAACUCAAGCUGUAUUGCAGGGUGUUUGGAUGCUCAAACCCCAGGGAAAGUAAGCUUCCUGAAGCUCUGCCAAUGGGCUGAAGCAGACGCAGCGUUCUUGAGAAGGGUAAGCAUGAAUGAGAAGAGAGAAACGGCGGGUACUCCUUCUCCUUUCAACGCUCAAAGUCGUACAGUCUGCCAUGGGAGCUAUGCUUCCAGCCCCAGGCAGAGGUACCUAAGAAGCUACACGUUCGUCAGGAAAGAGACGGUUGCGGAGAAAACAAAGAAGUGGUUGAAGGAGAAAACGAAGAAAAACACCAAAUCUAAGAGCAGGUCUGGUAGUAGUACUGGGUCUUGUUCUUUUCUUGAAGGCGUUUUCAAGUUCCUGUUUCUCUGUGUGGCCGAAGUUGAUGUUCAUGAGCACUGA